AAUGAUGUCUCACUUACGUGAUGACGUCGUCUAGAGCGACACAAGAUUUUCAAGAUGGUGCUUGAAAGUACUAUGGUCUGUGUGGACAACAGUGAAUACAUGCGCAAUGGAGACUUCUUACCCACCAGACUUCAGGCCCAACAAGAUGCUGUCAACAUUAUCUGCCACUCAAAAACUCGCAGUAACCCAGAAAACAACGUGGGACUCAUCACUAUGGCCAAUAACUGUGAGGUCCUGACCACCCUGACCCCUGACACUGGGAGGAUUCUGUCAAAACUUCAUGCUGUUCAGCCCAAAGGAGUUAUUUGCUUCUGUACUGGCAUCAGAGUUGCACAUCUGGCAUUAAAACACAGACAAGGAAAGAACCAUAAGAUGAGGAUCAUUGCCUUUGUUGGAAGCCCUGUUGAAGACCAGGAUAAAGACUUGGUGAAGAUGGCAAAGCGUCUGAAGAAAGAGAAAGUAAACGUAGACAUCAUUAACUUUGGGGAGGAGGAGGUGAACACGGAUAAGCUGACUUUGUUUGUAAACACCCUAAAUGGAAAGGAAGGGACAGGCUCUCACUUGGUAACUGUGCCACCGGGCCCGAGCCUGGCAGAUGCUCUUAUGUCUUCUCCCAUCAUGGCUGGUGAGGGUGGUGCCAUUAUAGGCUUGGGUCCUAGUGACUUUGAGUUUGGAGUGGAUCCCAGUGCUGACCCUGAGCUUGCGCUGGCUCUCCGCGUCUCGAUGGAGGAACAGAGACAGCGGCAGGAGGAGGAGGCACGCAGGGUAGCCGUGGCCUCUGCUGCGGAGGCAGGAGUCUCAUCACCUACUGCAGAUGAGUCUGAAAGUGCUCUGCUGAAGAUGUCUACAGCUCCUGCCCUUCCUGAUUUCAGCCGCAUGACGGAGGAUGAGCAGAUCGCAUAUGCUCUACAAAUGUCCAUGCAAGGAGGAGAGUUUGGAUCUUCAGAGGUCAUGGAUGUGGACGCGGGUGCAGCUGCAGACACUGAGACUGCUAAGGAGGAAGAGGAUUAUGACGUGAUGCAGGAUCCAGAGUUUUUGCAGAGUGUGCUGGAGAAUCUUCCAGGAGUCGAUCCCAGCAACGAGGCCAUCCGGAAUGCCAUGGGCUCCCUCGCAUCCCAGAGUAAAUCCAAACCACCUGAGGGAAAGAAAGAUGAUGAGAAGAAAUAAGACGAGAGAUGGCUGGACUGAUGUCAAGUGGAUAUCAAGAGCGAAUAACAUGGGUGAAGGGUUUAAAAGUGCAUAAGAAACAAUCACGGGAUGAUAAAAUCACAUUACUGAUAAAAUAAAAGUCAUUAAACAAUAAUGUUGAAGUGACAGACUAACUUUUCUAAAUAAAACAUAAAAAAAGUCUUGUCUGUAAUAAUGAAUGAAACUGUUAUUUUUUUCCUUAAAGUUUCAUUAUGAUAUUAACAUCUAAUCUGUAACAUUUGAAUGGAGCAGAAAAAUGCCAAACAACAUUACUUCACAUAGUAGUAUAGUAUUCACUUCAGUGUUGUUUGUUUGCUUGAUAGGUUGUUUUUUCACCCAGCUAUAUUUUCUGUCUGGUCUUUCAAUAAAUCUCUUUGUAAAUG